AUGUUAUAUGUGAUUAGUACAUUUUUAGAAAUUACUAAAUAUUCAUUUCAUAAUCUAUUCAGUCCAUUACAAAUACAAAAACGUGUAAUUAAUGGUCAAAAAGCAGAAAAAUUAGAAUACCCAUGGGCUGUAUCUAUAAAAGGUACAAAUCCUGUAUUCAAACAAAUCACAUAUUGUGGAUCAACAUUUAUACGAGAUCGUUGGUUACUUACUGCUGCUCAUUGUUUUUGGGCUGGAUCAUGGAGAAAAUCCCACCUUUUAGAUCCAAACAACUGGCAUGUUCAAGCUGGAAGUAACGUGAUUGAAUUAGGUGAAGAACAUGGAUAUAGAGGCCAUGUAUUAAAACCAGGUACAAGUGGACGUCAAACUAUUGUAGCUACUUUAAUCAAAAGGUUAAUUGAUAUUUUCUCCAGUAGUAGUUCAAAAGACAAACAAGGAGCUGUUUGGCAUACACAUGUAAAACAAAUUAUACUUCAUCCAAGUUAUAGACCAGACGAUCUAGAAUAUGAUCUAGCUUUGCUCGAAUUAGAAACACCCUUGCCGUCGGAAGAUCCAGGCGUUCAACCUGCUGAAUUACCACCUGGUGAAAAUUAUCUUGCUUGGCCACCUGAUCAUGCUGAUUGCAUAUUUGUCGGAUGGGGUUGUCGUGUAAAAAAUGGUAAACCAUCAGCACAAGCUCAAGCUGUUCAUUUGUUAACACUAAAAAAUCAGGACUGUUCGCUUAUGUAUGGCAAUGCAGCAGGCUUAAACGAUCAACAUGAGUUUUGCGCUGGCUAUUACCAAGGACGAGUAGGAAUAUGCUCAGGUGAUAGCGGGAGUGGUCUGAUUUAUAAGAAAGAUGAUAAAAACUACGUUGUUGGUGUAGCUUCAGCUACACACGCUACGGCACCUGAGCUUUAUCCAGGUUUAUUCACAAGAGUUGCAUAUUUUAGAGGAUGGAUCGAUGGAGUAAUAGACGGGACAACAACUCAAAAUUCAACUAGCCCGAAACAAUAA